AUGGAGAACUUGGUGACUGGCUCCAACCUUCCUCCACUCUUUACAGAUGAGGAUGGGUCUAAGGAAGGUGGUGAAAUUAAUGUAACUGGACUAGCUAAUUCGGAGAGUUCGUUCAGUGGUGGAACUUCACAGCCUGUGAAUAACCCAGAUUUGGUGGAGGACUUGUCUCAGGCUCAGCAGCUGCAAAAUGAGUCCUCUAAUGCUGCUGAAACCACUGAGCAGAAGCCUGAGGAGGAGCAGCAAAGAACUAAACGAGGAGGCUGGGCCAAGGGGAGGAAGAGGAAGAAGCCCCUGAGGGACACCAAUGCCCCCAAGUCUCCCCUCACAGGGUACGUGAGGUUCAUGAACGAGCGCAGGGAGCAGCUGCGAGCGAAGAGGCCUGAAGUCCCUUUCCCAGAGAUCACCAGGAUGUUGGGCAAUGAGUGGAGUAAACUGCCUCCCGAGGAGAAACGGCGCUACCUGGAUGAGGCAGACAGAGACAAGGAGCGUUACAUGCGGGAGCUGGAGCAGUACCAGAAGACGUACAAAGUCUUACAGGACAGACAAAAAGGCAAAUCACACAGACAAGAUGGAGCAAGACAGCCAGCUCAUGAUCAUGAGAAAGAAGCAGAUACAAAGGAGAGAUCUGUCUUUGAUAUUCCAAUCUUCACAGAAGAGUUCCUGAAUCAUAGUAAAGCACGGGAAGCUGAGCUGCGGCAGCUGCGCAAAUCCAACAUGGAGUUUGAGGAGAGGAAUGCUGCCCUGCAGAAACACGUGGAGAGCAUGCGCACGGCCGUGGAGAAACUGGAGGUGGACGUGAUCCAGGAGCGCAGCCGCAACACGGUGCUGCAGCAGCACCUGGAGACCCUGCGCCAGGCACUCACCACCAGCUUUGCUGCAGUCCCUCUGCCAGGUAGUGGGGAAACACCCACCAUGGAAACUAUUGAUUCCUAUAUGAAUAGGCUGCACAGUAUUGUUCUGGCUAACCCACAGGAGAACGAGAACCUCAUCGCCACCGUGCGAGAUGUGGUGAACAGGCUGGAGCGCUAGUGACUGGGU